GUGAAUGCACGGAGGUCCCUGAAGGUGGAAGCGAGUGGAAGUGUGACCAGGAUCCUUGUAUGAUGAGCGACGAGGUGCUGAGGAACGUGAGAGAAGCUGGCCUAUCCUGGAGAGCUGCCAACUACAGCCAGUUCCAGGGCAAGAAACUUAAAGAUGGACUUAUUUAUAAGCUUGGAACCCUGCCGCUGAGCCGUGAGACCGCCCGCCUGGGACCUAUCAUCUACGACAAGGACAUUCCCUACCCACCUCAGUUUGACGCCAGGCAGCACUGGAAGAACUACAUCUCCCCCGUGGUAGACCAGGGCUGGUGUGGUUCCGACUGGGCCGUGUCGCUGGCUACUAUUGCUUCUGAUAGAUUUGCGAUCCAGUCGAACGGAGCUGAGAAGGUGAUCCUGAGUCCUCAAACUCUACUGUCGUGCAACAGCAAGCAGCAGCAGGAAUGCCGUGGUGGCAAUAUUGAUACCGCCUGGAUCUUCGCCAAGAACCAUGGCCUAGUUGACGAAGAGUGCUUCCCCUACAAGGCCAAGUUCACUCGCUGCCCCUUCAAGAAGCGUGGUAACCUCCUCACUGAUCGUUGCGUCCCCGUGGUCCCUCAGCGCACCUCCAGAUACAAGGUCGGACCUCCCGGCAGGCUGGUGAAGGAACACGACAUCAUGUUCGAUAUCAUGCAGUCGGGACCUGUGCAAGCUGUCAUGACAGUCUACCAAGACUUCUUCCACUACCAGGAUGGCGUGUACCGCCGCUCUCACUUCGGUAACAAUGAGCUGAAGGGACUCCAUAGCGUCAGAAUCGUCGGCUGGGGCGAGGACAACCAAGACAAAUACUGGAUUGUCGCCAACAGUUGGGGCACAGCUUGGGGUGAAGACGGUUACUUCCGCAUCGCGAGAGGUGAAAACGAAUCAGGAAUCGAGUCGUUCGUCGUGACCGUUCUGAGUGACGUCACGGAGGCUUACCUGCGUAAAUAA